AUGGCACUCUGCGGAAUCUGCAACGAGGCUCCCUCGAAAUAUAAAUGCCCAUCCUGCGAGAUUCCCUAUUGCUCCCUCGUCUGCUACAAGCCACAUAAAGUCCAACACGAGAAGGCCAAACCUGCCGAACCUACGUCUGAGGCGCCAAAGGCCGCUGAGAAAGCUCAAAAUGACGAACCAAAGGCAGCUUCAAAGCCUGCAGGGACAGACAAAUUUGCCUCACUACUCUCAUCGCCCGAAGUCCAGCAAAUGCUAGCGUCCCCGAGCCUUCGCCAACAUCUCCUCAGCGUCCAUAAAGCAACCCUCGAACCACCGCCUCAGAGCUUUGUCCCACGCGGACGAGGAGGCAGGGGACGAGGACGCGGUGGCAGAGGAGGGUUCGAACAAACCCGGCGUCCCUGGAACGAGGAGAGGGCAGCUAAGGCGGGCGUAGGAGAGUUGAAACGGUUGAGGGAGGACAACACCGAAGUUGACGAGUUUGUGAACUUGGUCAUUGGGAUAGUUGAUUCGGUAAAAGAUGAAGAGUGA